UCUCUCUCCCCGACGAUCUUCGUCCGGGCUUUCUUCGCAAUCUUUUCUUUAAUCCAUCUGUUGUGAUUAUGAACUGAUUCUUGAUGUCGGAUCGACAAAUAGUAUCGCUAUCCAUCUCUUGAUGCUUGAUCCAUCAAGAAUACAGGAAGAUCCGUCAAAAAUAGAGACAUUGGGUUCAGCUGGGAAUUUGCUAGAAGUAAUUUCUAAAACCAGCUACAGGUGAUAUUAGAAGGCUUUUAUUGGUUGGUGCUGAACUUGAGGGCUUAUUUUCUGUGGAAGAAAUGGACCUAGAUAUGAUACAAGAUGCAUUUGACCGUGUUGCUAAGAAGCAGAAGCUCUCUUCUUCUAAAAUUCAAGAACUCAUCGACCAAGUUAGACGAGAGAUCGAGCAGGCAACAGCAAAGUUGCAGAUGACUGAAAAUGCUACCGGCUGUUCUGACCCGAAAUCCAUACUGGUUGAUCUGAAGACCAAGCUUAAUGAGAUUGCCCCUAUGAAACAACUGGAAAGUCUUCAGAAGGAACUGAAUGUUGGGCUUGGCAAAUAUGUCAAAAUCAUUGAGAAGUGUUUCAAUCCAGAUAUAUCAAAAGCAUAUCGAAAUGUAGACUUUGAUGUCCAUAUAGUGAAUCAGAUUAUUGCAAGCCACUUCUAUCGCCAGGGCCUGUUCGAUCUUGGUGACUGCUUUAUAAGUGAGGCAAAUGAACCAGAAGCUGCAGCCCUGAAAUCUCCUUUCAUGGAAAUGUACAGUAUACUCGAGGCUAUGAGGUGUAGGAAUCUUGAACCUGCUCUUAGUUGGGCUUCCAAUCAGAGUGAACGGCUGUUGCAGAGUGGUUCAGAUCUUGAACUGAAGCUUCACCAACUGCAAUUUGUGGAGAUUCUACAGAAUGGCAGUAGAAGUGAGGCUCUCAAUUAUGCCAGGACGUACUUGGCUCCAUUUGCUUCUGUGCACAAGGUCGAGAUCCAAAAGCUAAUUGCCUGUCUAUUAUGGGCUGGUAGGCUCCAGGAGUCCCCUUAUGCUGAUUUCAUGUACCCAAGUCACUGGGAGAGGUUGGCUGAGGAGUUCAUGCAGCAGUUCUGCAGCUUGCUGGGUCAAUCUUUUCAGAGCCCACUUAGUGUGGCGAUAGCUGCGGGUGUCCAAGGACUGCCGACGCUGUUGAAGCUAGAGAGCGUGAUGGCUGCUAAGAAACAGGAGUGGCAGGCGAUGAAGCAGCUCCCAGUUCCUGUGGACCUAGGGAGGGAGUUUCAGUUUCACUCGAUCUUUGUUUGCCCCGUGCUCAGGGAGCAAGGAAGCGAUGAGAACCCUCCAAUGCUCAUGCCUUGUGGGCAUGUGCUCUCCAAGCAAUCAAUAGCAAAGCUCUCGAAAAGCAGUACACGGGCUUUUAAGUGUCCUUAUUGUCCGCUGGAGGCAAGUGUGGCUCAAUGUAAGCUACUUCACUUCUAGCUGUUGGUUAGGCUUAUCAUCGUGGCUGUGUGGCAGCUUGGGUACUCCAUCAAGCAGGUAGUCUGCUGUGAGAUGUAUCUGAGAUACUGUAGCCAUGAAUAUGGCUGUGACUUUCCAUAUCGUUGGUUCUCACUAUCUCCUGAUAUUUCAUUGAGAUGUUCAGUAGUUCAUUCGAACCUGAGAUAUUAUCACUUUCAUUGUUAUGGAUGUACAUAAGCAAAACUUCAUGUUUA